AUGGUUUGGUUGUUUCUUUCCUUUCUCCUCUCCAUUUCAGCUAAAGAUAUCAGAGCUGAUACAUAUAGCGCGUACCUCUUUAUAGAUAUUUAAGGACAAUUACUUUUAAAAAGAAAAAAUUUGAUUUAAAAUUAAAAAAUUAUCUUAUAUCUCCAGUUUUAAAUUUGACUUUUCAGAAUAUUUUAAAAUGCCAAAAUGAAUGCUUCUUUUAAUGUAUUUUUCCCCCCCGAAACCAAUAUUAAGCAAGGAGCUAUAUCUAGUAAACCUAGACGACGCUCCAGAAGCUCGUUGGAGAAAUGUAAUUGAAGGCAAACUUCUUCAAAUGAAAUCUUUUAUCAAGUAUAUUGAAGAUGAAGUUGGCUCAGGCGAAAUCAUGACCGCUGCAGCACUCCUUAAACUUGCCCACCUUGAAGAGAGCCAGAAAAAAGAACUAGAAGGAAUCUCCAAGCUUUCAGGUUUCAGCUACAACACCAUUUUGGUGCUUAAUUUCAUGUAUGAGUUUUACUCAUCAUGCACAUCAAUAGUAGUAAAUACACCAGACCACCAUGUAUUAUUUGGCAGAAAUCUAGACUAUGACUACGCAAAAUACAUAAACAAGCUAGUUGUGGAGGUUGAUUUUAUUAAAAAUGGGAAGCUUGCUUUCAAGGCUGUAACUAUGGCUGGAUUCAUUGGAAUCCUUACUGGGGUGAAGCCAAAUGGGUUUGCAAUUUCACUUAACCAAAGGACUAUGCAUGACAGUGCUAAAUUUUGGGAGUCACUUUCUAUUGUGUCUGGGCAUACAGCUUCAGCUUUUGCUAUAAGGACCGCAUUUGAAGCCAAAAACACUUAUCAGGAAGCCAAAAACUACUUAAAAAAUGUCCCAUUAAUUGCAGGGAGCUAUUUUACUAUUGGAGGAGUCAACGAAAAUGAAGGUGCUGUAAUCACCAGAAGCAGAAAUUAUGCUGCUGAUGUGUGGGAGAUGAAUGAGAAAAGAUGGUUUUUAGUGCAAACUAAUUAUGAUCAUUGGCUUGUCCAUCCAAAAAGUGAUGAUAGAUACCAUCCAGCUGUUGAUAUUAUUGAAAAAGCUGGGGAAGGAAACGUGGAUAAAGGAGUCUUAUUUAAAGUCCUCGGAACUCCUCCAGUGCUGGAAAUUGAUAAUUCUACUAUCCAUUCUACUGUGAUGAAUCCUUAUACAGGAGAGCUUGACAACUGGGUAAGAAUUUAUGAGUAA